AUGUCGUCGGAAUCUAGACCCAUACAAUUGUCUGACUUUGUUGUGGCCAUUCAAGAUCUUUCUGAUGAGAACCUAUUGUCGUUGCAAAGACAGCUUACAACCUCCACGCAGAAGUUGAAAGAGACAAAUAGCCUACUUGAAGUGGAAAUCACACACACAAAAGAUGAAGACGAACUGAAGCUUUAUAAGGAGACUAUCGAUGAGAAUCAUGUGGUUUUGAUGAGCCAGCAAAGACGCCUUGACGCUCUCGAGGAAGAGUUGAUGUCUCGAGGUUUAGCACAGAAGGACGAGAAAGGUGUCUAUCUUUGA